AUGGUGCUGCUGGUGCUAGGCCAUGUGUUCACACAAGAGGUGGUGUUCCGGAGAGAUCAAAGAUCUGCUCAGAGUACCAGUUCCACAUCAGCAGCCAGUGUCUCCCGUGGGGACGCAGGAGCCGUCGGAUCAAGAUCAGGAAGUGGGUCUGACGGAGCCAAGGUUGGCGGAGAACCGUCGGAUCUAGGAGGUGAUGGACGACGAUCCUCGACUGCGGAUUUCGAGGCCAGUCAAAACGGCGCUGCGGGGAGUGAUUCGGGGCAGGAAGGCGGCAAAGCGGGAGAAGGGGCGAAGGAAGGGAGAGGGGAGUCGGGGAGGGAAGGGGCGGCGGAACGGGGAGGGGAGGACCAGCCUGGGGAGCAGGGUGGAUUUAAAGACGCGCUCAGCGACUUGGCGGCGGGGACUGGCGGAGAAGCGGCAGCGGGCGAAGAGGCGGAAGAGGUGUUCGAGGAUGCGCUUACAGAAGAGGAGCUGCGCAAGAAAGACUUGGCGGAGGCGGAGGCAAUUAAAGCGAGGGGGAACGAGGAGUACAAGCGGGGAGACUAUAACGCAGCGCUUGAGAGUUACAGCAAUGCGCUUGCAGCAGCACCCGGAGCGGAGCACGCAGAGGUGAAGGAGGCCCGGGCGAUUUACCACGCCAAUAGAGCCAUGUGCCACCUGCAACUGAAGGAUUAUGAUGCGUGUGUUACAGAGAGCACAGCAGCCAUUGAUCUGAAGCCCGACUACGUGAAAGCGAUCAUGCGACGGGCGCAGGCGUGGGAGAAACUGGACAAGCUUGAAGAGGCGCUGGGAGAUCUGAAGAAAGUGCUGGAGCUGGACAGCGCCAAUGCUCAGGCCAGAUCAUCUGCCAGGCGGCUGGAGCCCAUUGUGGAAGAGAGGAGGGAAAAGCUUAAAGAGGAAAUGCUGGCAAAAUUGAAGGACCUUGGGAACUCCGUUUUGGGGCACUUUGGAAUGAGUGUCGACAACUUCAAGGCUGUGAAGGACCCCAAAACUGGCUCCUAUUCCAUCUCGGUUUCGCGAGGCAUCAUGGUGUCGCUAGAAGCCGCUCACGCGAAUCAGGACUCACUGCUGAAACGAUUCACUGAGCUGGGUAUCACCUACCAACUCUACUCGCAUCCAGCAGUCCUUACAGUAGAGGAGCAGGCGGCACAAGUGACAGGAGCCACAGGGGAGUUUACCAAGAACCUUCUUCUUAAGGACAAGAAGGGUCGGCUCAUUCUCAUCUCAGCUCUCACCAAGACCAAGAUUGAUCUCAAGUUGCUGUCGCAGAGGCUGGGGCUGGGCAAGGGCGGGUUGCGCAUGGCACCAGAUGAGAAUCUGACCACCGUGCUGCAGGUGCCUGCAGGCUGCGUCACUCCCCUGGCUCUUUUCAAUGACUCUGCCAAAGAAGUAGUGCUUUUGCUGGAUCAAGGGUUUACCUCCCAGCCGCACCUGCUCUUCCACCCUCUCUCCAACGAUGCCACUGUUGCUUUGACCCGAGAGGCGUUUGAGUCUUUCCUUGGCUCUGUCGGCCGCUCUGAGCCUGCUUAUGUGGACCUCGAGGCCAAUGUGGUGGUGGGCAAGGAUCAACCUCCCGACCUCGCUGCCCUCCUCCCCGCUGCUACCACUGCUGCUUCAGCUGCAGAUGCUGCCUCUGCACCUACGAGUGCUGCUACCAGCACUACCAGCGGUGCCAGUGCCACUACUAAUGCCAGUAGCAAUGCUCCCAAGGCUGGUGUUGCUGCAGCAGCAGGGAAGGGAAAGUCAGCUUCUCAGAAGAAACCAGCGGCUGCCGUACCAAAGGGGCCACCGGGCGAUGAUGUGGCAACAUGCACGACGCGGAUCUUGGACAUGCUGACAGAGCACAUGAAGAAAUGCGGUGGUGACUCGGCGACUGGGGAUCAAACCUCUAGCGUUAGCAAAGCCAAUGAGGAGCUUGCUUUGAAUCUUCAGCACACUCUGGUUAUGUUCAAGAAUGCUGCCUACACAAAUGGCUUCUUUGCUGGUAGGGCAGCGGUCCUGGAUAGGGUUCAAGGCUCUCUGACCGCCAUCGGGCUCUACGGGGACAUUGGCCUGACGCACCGCGCACCAACGGUGGAUACUUGCGGCCAAUCACUACGCGAAGUCGGCGUGGUGCGCAACAACGCCAUCAAGGGCGGCAUCCCCGCGGACCUCUCCGCGCUCACCGGGCUGCGCACCCUCGACCUGAGCAACAACCCUCUGGAAAACACCAUUCCGCCGGAAAUCGCGCGCCUCUCGACCCUCUCCUCUCUAGACGUGUCGAGCUGCGAGUUGGAGGGAGACCUGCCGCGCCUGUUCAGGCUCUCGUCACUCGUUGCACUGGACCUGAGCAACAACUCUCUCACAGGCUACAUCGACCCUGCCAUCGCUCGCCUGCCCCACCUCUCCGACCUGGACAUGUCGUACAACAACCUCACAGGAGCGCUUCCCGAUGCACUCGGCUCAGCCACCUCCCUCACCUCCUUCGCGGUGGCGUUCAAUCAGCUGUCAGGCAACCUCCCCCCCGCCCUCGGCACUCUCCCAUCGCUCUCCUUCCUCGACAUCCGCGGCAACGCCUUCUCAGGCUACCUACCCCUCUCCUACUCCAAUAUAGAGCAAUUCCUCUACGAUGGCGCCCUCCCCCCCGCGCCCGCAGGCCCCUCCGCCUCCCCUCCGCCGCCCCCCAUCCCGCCCCCGCCUCCCCCUUCCGUCCCCCCGCCGUCCCCUGUACUGCCUGGGUUCCCUGGCGGGGGGGAUGGAGGGGCGGAUGCUCCUGCUUCUCUCCCCUCCCCUCCUCCUCUUCCCCCUGCUGCCCAGGGUUCUCUCGCGCCCCCCUCUUCUUCCUCCCCCCCCGCCACUCCCCACGGCAAUCACUCCUCCCCCGCCCCCCCUGCGCCCCCCUCCCUUCCGCCUGUCCCCCCUGUAACCCCCCCCAACGGGUCCCACGUGGGGAACGAAACGGGGGGGAGUGGAGGAAAAGGGGGGAAACAGGGGGAAGGGGGAGGAGGAAAGGGGGGAAAACGGGGGGAAGGGGGAGAGGGGGAUGGGUAUUUCUACCUGGAUCCGUCAGUGCCUGAGAAUGAGACGCAGUCGCUGGUGCCUGUACCUGUGGGGUGCAAGCCGUGUGCUGGGGGGAGUGUGGCAAGGAGGCAUAAGAAGCUGUGUAUGUGCUCGUACCCGCUGCUGCUGGAGGUUCAUCUGGGCAUGGAGUUCUCUAGGUUCAAUGACGUCACCAGAGAGAGCCUGGAAGAGCAGCUAGCGCUGAGUUUGAAUGUGAAUCAAACCCAAGUGGCUGUCUACGCCACUCGCCCCGGCAGUGUGAUUGCCUCCUGCGCAGUGCUGCCGCCCGGCCGCACAGCAGCGCUGCCAGUGGGAGUGGCGGGGCAUGCAGUGGACGUGCUGCUGGGGAGGAGGCGGCAGCGUCUGGAGCUGUUCGGCAUGGGCGCUGUGAAGGUGCUGGCGGUGCGCCUGCCCAUGGUGGUGCUGGAUAGAAACGGAGUCUCCUCGUUUCACGCGGAUAAAGCUGCAGCUGCGCCGGAUUAUCGGGGUUCCUGGGCUGCUGGCGGUGGGUGGGGAGAGGGGGAGGGUGGGUGGGGUGUACCGGCGUCGUUCCUGUCGUCUGGAGUGGAGAUUGGGGAUAUCAGCGUGGUGGAGGUGACUUCGGUUGAGGAUGAGGAGGAAGAUGUGGAGAGGGGUGUGGCUGGGUUGAGCAGGGAUGGGGAGACGACGCACGGAGGAAGGGGCGGAGAGGAGCUGAUUGUGCGGGAGGGAGCUAUGGUGGCGGUGGUGGGAGCUGGGGGAUUGACACGUGCAAGUGUUGGAGCAGGAAGAGGAGGAGGAGUGAAAGGGGUAGAAAGGGCAGGAGGGGCAGGAAGAGCAGCAGGGGCAGGAGGAGCAGGUGGAGCAGGAGGGAAGGGGUAUGAUGGAGAGGUGGAGGUAGGCGGGGAGGAGGAGGAUGAGAGUGUGAGGAAGAGUAGGGAAUGGACUGUCAUGUCUUUCCUUACGCCCAAGCUGCAGUCACGACAAGCCCAGCAGCAGCAGUCGCCAGGGGGGGCGGGGAGGAGGGGGAUGGCAGUGCCAGGGGUGCGGCGAUUCGCCCUGGCGGAGCUGCAGAUGGCAACAGACGACUUCUCCCCACACACCAAGCUGAGGGACCACCCCCUGGGACCCGUUUACUGCGGUGACCUGCCUGAUGGCACGGAGGUAGCAGUUAGACGGAUAGAAGCUGCAAUUGUGGAGGGACAGUCGGAUUCCGAUUUUGAAGCAGUAGCGGCCAACAUGGCACGGCUGCAGCACGCGCACGUGGUGCCGCUGCAGGGGUAUUGUGUGGACGGGGGCGAGAGGAUGCUGGUGUUUGGGCAUUUCCACCUGGGCAGUCUGUAUGAGCAUCUGCACGAUGGCAGCAGGAGCAUGCUCAUGACGUGGGAUACCCGGGUCAACAUCGCCGUCGGCUGCGCUCAAGCUCUAGAGUACCUGCAAGAGGAGUGUGUACCGGCCAUAGUGCAUCGGGGCAUCUCAUCGCGAGCCAUCCUGCUAGAUGACCACAUGAGCCCACGCAUUGCUGAUGCCGGGCUAGCUGUUCUCAACCCCACCGACGCCGAGGCUCAGACACUAUCUGAGCAGCUAGUGGGGGGCUACGCAUACAACGCACCUGAGUAUGCCAUGUCGGGGGUGUACACAGCCAAGAGUGAUGUGUACAGCUUCGGAGUAGUGCUGCUGGAGUUACUAACAGGCAGAAAGCCCGUCGACCCCGCCAAGCCUAAGUGGGAAUCUUCACUGGUGCGAUGGGCGGCUCCCCUACUCCAUGACGUGGUGGAGCUAGAGCGCAUGGUGGACCCGACUCUUGCUGGGCCUGUGCCCGACCCCCUCACUCUCACGCGCUACGCUGAAGUGAUCGCACGAUGCAUCCAGCCUGAGCCGGAGUUCCGCCCGUGCAUGUCCAAGGUGGUCAGGGACCUGUGCCGCAGAACGGACGUAUCCAUGAUGGACAGUUGGAUGAAUAGGGCAUGGUUGCUAGAUGCGUGGAGCAUGCAAGGAAUAACCCCUUUUGUGUUCGCCAGAAAUGGAACAGGCGGCGAUGUCGGUGAGCUCGAGAAGGACGCGUAUGAAGGCCUGGCAGCAUCGUACGCGUUUGUGGGGAUCGUUGCGUUGGUGCAGCUGGCUCGGAUCCAACUUAGAGUGCCUGAGUAUGGCUGGACGACACAGAAGGUGUUUCAUCUCUUCAACUUCGUACUCUGCGCAGCCAGGUGUGCAGUUUUCCUCUUCUGGGAGCAAAUCCUGGGCAUCAAUGACUAUGUGUUAAAAGUGGCUAUCCUGGACAUACCGAGCCUCUUUUUCUUCACCACCUACACAUUGCUCAUUCUUUUCUGGGCGGAGAUUUAUCACCAGGCGCGGGGCAUACAGUCAGCGGAUCUCCGCCAAACGUUUGGCAUUUUGAACGCUGCAAUCUAUAUCCUACAGGGGGUUGCAUGGACCUACAUGGAAUUCGUGCUACAGCAUGUAGACCCACUCAUUCUCCUCACCAAGCUCUUUCGAGCAGGCGUGGCAUUCACUGCGGCAUUUGGUUUCAUGCUUUAUGGCGGACGGCUGUUUGUCAUGCUCAACACAUUCCCGGUGGAGUCGAGAGGAAGGAGAAACAAGCUGAUGGAG